UAGAAGUGGUUGCAGCGUCUCUAUCUGAUCACGUGCUCUAACUCGCGUGACCUCACACCGACAACUUUUUAUCGGUAAAUACUGCAGAUCAGCCAGUUUGACAACCAAACCCCCUCCAUGAACUCUUCUAGGUUGCAAACCGCAGGCAAACCCCCCACGGGCGGCGUGCCACAAGUCCAAUGGCUGAAUCAGCAACAUCCGCAGCAUACACAAAAUCUGCUGCUGCUGCCACUGCAACAUCAACAACUGCAACUGCCACACCUGCUGCUGCACCAGCAGCUGGGCUCGUACUACUCAUCAGCCAACUACUCGCUUCCUGGCGUCAUUAACUACCUCACAUCGGAAUUCACCAAUCUCGAACGCUUCAAGAUCAUGACCAACUUGGAGAAAUCAGAGAUGAAGUACAAAAUCAUCCAGCUCCAAUGUGAAGUGAACUCGCUCAAACUCGUCUGUGACAAGCAAAAGAGCCAAAUUUCCAAGUUGGAGACCGAAAACCGCAAGUUGAAAGAGCAAUCGACGGGGGAAGUGCAUGCUUCUUCCGAAAGUGGUGAAGACCACCCCGAUUCCCAAUUGCCCGAGAUCCCAGACGUGGAUCUUCUGGUUAUUAAGAAGUCCAGACAGCAACUAACCAAGUCCAUGAAGGAAAUUGUGCACCUUCUCAAGAUCCCAUCAGCCAAAAACAUGAACUACCUUGGCAUACCAGAGACCAGUGAUAUUCCCAUUAAUAACGAAUUGGACGCCUUGGUGAACCACGAGGACAAUUUUAAUGAUAACUUUGACUUUAACGACCGCCACAUCCUCAGUCUUUCACCCAGGAGCAUGAAAAAGGGUAAAUCGGUUACUUCCCAAUAUUUUGGAGACGAAGGGGAGGCCCCAGAAGCAUACGUCGAUUUUGACGACAUCAAGGAUGUAAAUGUCGAUUUUUUCAACGAAAAACAGUUCACUGGAACCCAAGUUUCGGUCAACGAGUCCAGAAGCUUGCCUUAUGAAAGUGACGCCGAAACAGAGAUCCUAGAAAAUGUGGAUGAAGUGGUGGCUCCCCUUGACAAGCAGCCAUUGUCAGGUGAAGAGAAGCAUACGAAUCAACAGGUAUUCGAGGAUGGUGAGAUACAGGUCCACCUCACUUCCAUCUCUGAUGAGUAUAGAAUAGAGGUAUUCGAUAAGAAUGCAAAGAAGAAGGUGUUCUCUAAGGACGUCUACAUAGACUCUGUGGAACCCGACAAAUUGAUUAGUUUGCACCGCAUUGCACUUGAAGAUUCGAGGGGAACUUUUUUGGCAGUGCAAGAAAAUGGGAUAGUGUUCAGUCUCACCGUGGAAACUGAUAACACCAGGGAGACCGAGUUGAUCAAUCUUAAAAAUCAGAAGGUGCACAUACAAUCAUCAGGGUUAACAGAAUUGCCCCACAUCGAGAAGACCCGGAAGUUCGGGUUUGUGGUGAAUUCACUUGAAGACAACUUUGUCAUCAAGGUGUUCCAGCUCACCUUGAAAGAUGGAGAAUUCGAAACUAAAGAAAUUGGAUCGUUCAACCGGAACUUCAUAACAAAGAACGCCAGUUCAAAGCAUAUUGAAUUUGAUACGUGGGCCGUCAACAAUAGUGCUCAGAUUAAGCCUUCGUCUCCCAAGAAGAAGAAGGGGAAGGCCGAAUCUGGUGCCAGUGCCGAGGAGGAAGAAACUGCCUUUGUGCCCUACGAAUUGGUUUACAGGAGCGAGGACAGCCUCCUCAGGGUGAACGUGGUGAACAAGACCAUUCAGACGUUGCCUUGGUGAAGUAACGAUGAAGAAGCGAGACCGACGGCAGGUACCAAGCAAUAAUAGCUACAAUUCCCAGGCUGAAAAACAAAUACUAGACUCGAUGAUAAGAGUUCGAAGUCAUCCAUGGUCGGGCCAAACCACAUCCAACCAUCUUCCAGCUGGACGCUAUAUUCGAACAAUACCAACAGUUUCGACGCCACUGGAGUAUAUCCCUACCAACGCCUCGGUGUUUAUUUCACCCUCACCACUGCCCC